CCGCCCAACCCGCAACCACGACGUCUUUCCCCCACACUUUUGCUGCGCACCCGCCAUGCUAGACACGUUUGAGAUUCUGACCACGUCGGGCGUCGUCCUGUGGUCGCGCACGUAUGCCCCCGUCGGCGCAAAUGUCAUCAACAGCCUGAUUCGCGAUGUCUUCAUCGAGGAGCGCAUACAGCCACAGGCAGAGGACAGCGGCUCCAAGCCCACGUACAGGAAGGAGGGGUAUACGUUGAAGUGGACUGCUGCGAAGGAUCUGGGGCUUAUAUUUGUGGCAGUCUACCAGAGCCUCGUCCACCUCACAUGGAUAGACAAGCUGCUCGACAAUGUGCGCGCACUGUUUGUCGGCCUGUAUGGUGACCAGCUCAAGACGGAGCACAGCAGCGUCGUCAACUGCGACAAGUUCGGUUCCUACUUCGACAGGCAGAUGCACGACAUGGAGGGCCAGAGCGACUCCAAUGCGCCCAGCAUCAAGCUCACCACACCCGAGUCGAGCACCGAUAAUGAUAGUGCUGAGGAAAGUGCGCCAGUACCCGCCUUCCAGAAACCACCACAGCGCCCACUAUACGACACGAGUGCAGACUCCACACCCGUUCCCACACCAGACACAUCGAGACCCACAACGCCGGCGACACGGAGCCAGCUGCUCACAGGGAAGGCCAGGCCUGCAGGAGGCAAGAUGUCGAGGCGGGAUAAGAAGAAGGCGACCUUAAGUUCAGCACCAGUGUCUUCAGGAGACGAAGCCUCCACCAAGCGGAAGGGCAAGGGGGCAGUGAAGAGAAACAGAGUCUGGGGCGAGUUUGGCGCCGAGGAGGACGACGGCACAGUUCUCGACUACUCACAAGCGGAUGUCCGCGACGAAAACUACGAACCAGAAGCGCUGGAGGAGGUAAAGCAGGAGACGUGGGGCCGCAAGACGAACAAGGGCGAGUUCGUGCUCCGAGAUCUAGACGACGAGAUGGACGCCAUCAUCGCCGCACAGAACGCGAAGAAAGAAAAAGAAACAUCCACACCAACAGGCGGACUCGUCGGAUCAAGUCUAGGCGCGAUAGGAGGCCUCUUCCGAAACGUCGUCGGCGGCAAAACACUCACAAAAGAAGCCCUCGCCAAACCCCUCAAGGGAAUGGAAGAGCACCUCCUCCGCAAAAACGUCGCCCUCGAAGCCGCCGUCCGCCUCUGCGACAGCGUAGAACGCGAUCUAAUCGGCAUCAAAACGCCGAGUUUUACUGCAAUCGAAACCAUACUCAAAUCCUCCAUGGAAAAAGCCCUCACAAAAAUCCUCACCCCAACAACCUCCCUCGACCUCCUCCGCGAAAUCUCCCUGAAAAACUCCUCCUCUCGCCCAUACGUCCUAUCCAUAGUCGGCGUAAACGGCGUCGGCAAAUCAACAAACCUCUCGAAAAUCGCUUUCUUCCUCCUCCAAAACAAUAACCGCGUCCUCAUCGCAGCAGCAGACACCUUCCGCUCAGGCGCCGUCGAGCAACUGCGCGUCCACGUGCGGAAUCUGCAGGAGCUGACAGCCCGCCAGCCUGGGUCGCGCGUCGAUCUAUUCGAAAAAGGGUACGGGAAAGAUGCCGCGAAUAUCGCUGCCGACGCCGUCGUGCAUGCGCAGAAGCAUGGGUUCAACGUUGUGCUUAUCGACACGGCGGGCCGCCGCCAUAAUGACGCGAGACUAAUGUCCAAUCUAGAGAAAUUCGGCAAUAUGGCGAAUCCGGAUAAGAUUCUCAUGGUUGGUGAGGCGCUGGUGGGGACUGAUAGCGUUGCGCAGGCUAGAAACUUCAACGCGAGUUUUGGCCCGGGGAGGGGGCUGGAUGGGUUUGUCGUUUCCAAGUGUGAUACUGUGGGCGAUAUGGUGGGGACGCUGGUUAGUAUGGUGCAUGCUACGGGGAUUCCGGUGGUUUUUUUGGGGACGGGACAGCAUUAUAGUGAUUUGAGGACGUUGAAUGUUGGGGCUGUUACGAGGUUGCUUAUGAGUUAGUUUUUUGGGGGUUGUAUGUUUAUGUUGUAAUUUUAUGUAUCAUGGAUUGAUGAAGUG